GGUGCGCUCCACGGAGUAUUAUACCAGGGGUGUGGGUUGGGUUGACUCAUGAGUUAAGACUUAAGACUUAAGAGUGAGAUAGAAUCAAUUGGGAGUUCAUAGAAUUGAGUUGCAGAGGGGAGCGAUGGCCGUAGAUUACUACACGCUACUGAGAGUGAAUCGGAACGCGAGUGCGGAAGAGUUGAAGAAGGCGUACAAAAGAUUGGCCAUCAAAUGGCAUCCAGACAAGAACCCUAAUCAUAACAGGGUUGAAGCUGAAGCCAAGUUCAAGCAGAUCUCCGAAGCCUAUGAUGUUCUCAGUGAUUCCCGGAAGCGUCAGAUCUACGAUCUCUAUGGCUAUCAAUAUGCCUCGUUCAAUCACCGGGACGCUCGGGAUGUUUUCGCCGAGUUGUUUGGUAGUGGUGGCAAGGCCAUGGAGAAGAGGCUGGAUUGUAGUUUGGAGGAGCUAUAUCAGGGUUCCAAAAGGGAAAUCAAGAUUUCCCGGACUGUCAUUCGUGAAUCUGGGAAGGCCAGGAUUGUUGAGGAAACCCUGCUAAUAACCAUUGGACCAGGAUGGAAGAAGGGCACAAAAAUCACUUUCCCAAUGAAAGGGAACCAAGAACCUGGCAUGACCCCAUCUGAUCUCAUCUUUGUGGUACAUGAGAAGCCCCAUGCGCUGUAUGAGCGGGAAGGGAAUGAUCUGGUGGUCAAACAGAGUAUAUCAUUACUGGAUGCUCUCACAGGGAAGACUCUCAUUCUGACAACCUUAGAUGGAAGGAAUCUCACAAUCCCAGUGACAGACAUUGUCCGCCCUGGCUAUGUUAUGGUGAUUCCAGAUGAAGGGAUGCCCAUGUCCAAAGAACCCACGAAGAAAGGAAACCUCAAAAUCAAGUUUGAUGUCAAGUUUCCACCAAGGCUUACUGCACAACAGAAAUAUGAAGUGAAGAGGGUGCUGGUUGGGGGCUGAUCACUAAUUUAGAUUAUAAGUUAGGCUUGAUAAACUAUGGAUUAACACUUGAUGACAGAGAUGUUAAUUGAAUGUAGAUAUCAUACCCUUUUAUAUAUAUAUAUAUAUAUAUAUAUAGAGGAAAAUUGUGCAUAAGAAAAAGCUUUGAAAGUAAUUAUAUGUUUCGUCCUGGGUAUUAGUUGUGGUUUCUAGUUUGAUACAAGCAAGCUAUUAGUAGUUGGAAAUAGGCUUGUUUGCCUUCAAUCUGUAAAUUCUGUAAUUUUGUACUAGUGAGCGAAUAAUACUAUGUUAAAGAAUAAAUCUUUUAGGUCAUGUUCA